AUGGAGUCUGGUAUUCAACCUUUUUCCAAAGGAGAGUAUUAUGGUAGAGGUGGUGAGGGGUGGACAUGUACGGUGGUAGUAGAGAAUUGUAUUCAACAUUUGAAGAAGGUGCGUAAUAUGGCGGAGAAGGAGAGUAAUAUGGUGGUGGUGGAGACUUUUAGUCACCCUUUAGAGAUGGACAAUAGUCAGAAGAUGUGGGGAGUUGUAGACACCUUUAUUCAACCAUCGAGGAAAGAGAGUAGCAUGGUGGUGGUGGGGAGCUUUAGAAGUAUGGUGGUAAUAGAGACUUGUUCUCAACCUUUGGGAAGUACGGUGGUGGUGGUGGGGAGCUGUAGAUGUAUAGUGGUGGUGGAGACUUGUAGUCAAACUUUGGAGAAAGAGAGUAGUAUGGUGGAUGUGAGGAACUCUAGACGUAUGGUGAUGAUGGGAAGCUGUAGAGAUAUGGUGGUGUUGAAAACUUGUAUUGAAACUUUGGAGGAAGAUCAUAGUACUGUGAUGGUGGAGACUUGUAGACGUAUGGUGGUGGUGGAGACUUGUAUUCAAACUUUGGAGAAGGAAAGUAGUAUGCUGGUGGUGGAGAAAUGUAGACGUAUGGUGGUGGGAAAAUUAUGUAAGCUUUGGAUUACUUCCUCAGAAUUUCUUGUAUAUGAUUUGACUGUUCAUGCAUUACACUAUUUGAAGCUCAUCAUGUCGUUGUAA